UGACUAGCUCCCCCUGCCGGCGAGUAGCGCUAUAUCUUGGUGGCAUUUCGUGGCACACCAAUCAACGGUCACUCUAAACCCGCCGGCUUUUAUUAUUACCAAAAAAAACAGAAUAAUGGCAGAUAAAAAGGUGGGUGGCGGCAACAACGACGGCAAGGAGAAGCGUCGCAAGGAGUCGAUUCUGGACCUCUCCAAGUACCUGGAGAAGCAGAUCCGCGUGAAAUUCGCGGGCGGCCGCGAGGCAUCCGGAAUCCUCAAGGGCUACGAUGCGCUGCUCAACCUAGUGCUUGACAACACGGUGGAGUACCUGCGGGACUCCGACGAGCCCUACAAGCUAACCGAGACGAACCGGAGCCUGGGACUGGUCGUGUGUCGUGGUACAGCUCUGGUCCUCAUUUGUCCGCAGGACGGAGUUGAAAGCAUUGCCAAUCCGUUUAUAACGCAAUAAUCGGAGGAUCAGGAUCAGGAUCUGUAUAUCUUACUGUGGACCUUCGGUUCCAGGUCUAGACUAAGUACAAAGCGCUUUUAUGGAAAUCGGUUUAAAUAUAUUUAGCGAAGACAUUCGUAUAAAUUAGUUCUUAAAUCUAUUUAGGCCACAAAUUACAACUUUUGUCGGCCCUCAAAAAGAGGAUUUUUGACUCCAUAUUAUGAUUGUCUCGGAAAUUAUGUUUACACAUUUUCUGUAUACAAGGCAAGUUUAGAAAUUCUCUGAGAUUUUUGUUACAAUAUGAUUUUGAUCACCUAAAUGUUAAUCUUUCUAGCUCUAAUAAUUCCAAUUAAUAAAUAUUGAGCUCCUAAA